GAGGGAGGGAGGAGGAGGAGGAGGAGAAGAAGCGGCGAUGGGCUCGGAGGCGCCUCGCUUGGCCCGGCAGCUCUUCCUGCGCGGCUUGGCCGCCGCCUUCCUGGCCGCCUUCGCCUCGCUUUACGUCCAGCUGCCCGGCCUCUACGGAAGAGAUGGCAUCCUGCCCGCCCGGAAGAUGCUCCGUUUCACCGGCAAAGACUUCUGGCAGCAGCUGCGGGACUCCCCGACUCUGCUGUGGCUGGGCCCCCACCUGGGGCUGGACACGGAGCAGGGCCUGGAGCUGCUGUGCCUGAUGGGCACGCUGCUCUCCUUUGGGGCCCUGGUGCUGGAGCCCCUGCGGGACAGCCUGGUCUUCCUCGCCCUCUGGGGCCUCUACCUCUCCGUCUACCAGGUGGGACAGGUGUUCCUCUACUUCCAAUGGGAUAGCCUUUUGCUGGAGACGGGCUUCCUGGCUGUGCUGGUGGCUCCCAUGCAUCUGCUGAAGUGGCGCUCCACAACCUGGCGGGCACAUGAUGGGGUGACCUUUUGGCUGGUGCGCUGGUUGCUCUUCCGUUUAAUGUUCGCGUCCGGGGUGGUGAAGCUGACCAGCCGUUGCCCCACCUGGUGGGGGCUGACAGCCUUGACCUACCACUACGAGACCCAGUGCAUCCCCACGCCCAGCGCCUGGUUUGCCCACCAGAUGCCCAUCUGGUUGCAGAAGCUCAGCGUGGUGGGCACCUACGUGAUUGAGAUCGCCAUCCCCCCGCUCUUCUUCGUGCCGCUGCGACGUCUCCGGCUCUUUGCCUUCUACAGCCAGGUCCUCCUGCAGGCCCUCAUCAUCCUCACCGGCAACUACAAUUUCUUCAACCUGCUGACGGUCGUCCUGAGCUUCUCCCUGCUGGACGAUGAGCACCUGGGGCUGUGGCUGGGCCAGGGGCGGAAGAGGGCCAGUGGCGGCUGGGCCUGGCGACUGCCCCCCCUACUGGCAGAGCUGGCUGUUUACGGCCUCCUGACCUUCUGGACCAGCCGUUACUUCGGGCUGACCAUCAACUGGGAGAAGGGAAUCCUUGAAUCCAAGACAGCCUUCACCUACCACGAGUUCACGCAGUGGCUGAAGACGGUGACCCUCCCUCUGGUGGCCCUGGGGCUCCUCUCCUUGCUGUGGGAGAUCCUUCAGGCUGGAUACAGGAGUGCCUGCAUCCGGGGCUUUUUCUGGAAGCUCUGGGCUGUGGUGCAGUGGGCCGUUUUCGCCACGGCUGCCCUGGGGAUGUUCACUAUCAGCCUGGUCCCCUUCACGUACAUUGAGUAUGAGUCCAACGGGAAGCUGUGGGCGGGUAUCCAUCAGGCCUUUGGGGCUGUGGAUCAGUACCAGCUGGCCAAUUCCUAUGGACUCUUCCGCCGAAUGACGGGCGUGGGUGGGCGGCCAGAGGUGGUGCUGGAAGGCAGCUAUGACAAGGAAACGUGGACGGAGAUCCAGUUCAUGUACAAGCCGGGCAACGUCAGCGCUGCGCCCCCCCUGGUGGCCCCCCACCAGCCCCGCCUGGACUGGCAGAUGUGGUUCGCUGCUCUGGGCCAUCACAGCCACAGUCCCUGGUUCCCCAGCCUCCUCCACCGGCUCCUGCAGGGCAAGAAGGAAGGUGAGCCUGGGGAAUCAAUCCCUCCCUCCCUCCCUCCUCCCUUCCUUCCAGCGCAGCUGUACAAAUACUGGUUCACGGAGGCCGAGAUGGACGGGACCCUCCCUCAGAAAUGGUGGCGUCGUCGAUGGAUGGAGGAAUUCUACCCAGUGGUCUUUCUGGGCGACCCCAACUUAGAAGCCCAGCUGGCCCAGCACGGGCUCAAGGACAAGCCCCCCGUCAAGCGCCCCCCAGAGGCUCUCCUGCCCAGCCUGCUGCAGCGGGUUCGAGUCCAGCUCCAGCCGUACACCGGCCCGGCCGUCAUCUGGUCCCUCUACCUGACCGCAGCGGCCGUGGGCAUCCUGCGAGGACUGGGGGCCCGUCUGCCGGCCGGAGGGCUCCCCACGGGAGGCAAGCAGAAGCCGAGCCGGCUGGCUGACGCCGUGGCCGAUCCUGGCGGUGGCGGAGACCAGCCGGGCGCAGAGAAGAACGGGCAGCUGCGGAGGAAGGAGGAGAAGGGCCGGCCGGCCGGAGAGGCCCCCACCAAUGGGCUGCGGCACACGAAGAAGAAGAAAUAAGUUGGGGGGCCCCGGCAGCACUGGGACACCCCCCCCCUCUCCAAACCCGGCCUCUGCGAGACACCAGGCAGGACAUGAGCAGGGGGGGAGGGAGCCUUUGACACCCGACGGACUCGGUCGCCUCCCCUUCUCCCGCCACACAAACACACACUCACGCACGCAUGCGAGCUGUGGGAGGGGAAUCCCCCAACCCACCCACCUACCUGAAGGUCCUCCCUGUUGCAUCGAGGGAGGGGCAAGGCUGCUGCCUCCUCCGAGCCCACUUGCUCUUCUCAGCCUCCUGCUCUGUGGCCCCCUCCUCGCUCUGCGACGCCCCGGGGCAGGUGGCUCUCUCUGGUCAGCUGGGAGCAGCCGGGGUCUCUUACGAGGGUCUCCUGUGUUUGGGGACUGGGGGGCAGGGGGUUGCAUCCCUUUGGAUUCUUUGGGGGUCCCCAGGGAAGGUUCUGUCCUUCCUGGGAGAGUGAGAUCUUCGGCAGAGGGUGCUGGGAGGCCCUCCAUUCCUCCCUUCCCUUUCUCUCCCCCCCAUCCUUCCUCUCUCUUCCUUCUUCCCCUCCUCCCUUCCCUUCU